CUCCGCGGAGGCCUGCGGGAAGGGAAGGGGGCGGGGCGGUAGGGAGACCUUGAGGCCCGACAAUCAGCGCGCGUAGAGCUAACCGGAGGCCCAGGCGAGCAGGGUCGCCGGAGGGCGUCUGUUCUUCGCUCAGAGUGGACAGGGUUAAAGGAGCAGCCGCUUCGGGGACUCUGGCUCACUCAGGCCGGGGGGCAGGGAGGGGCAUGGAGUGCGGGUGGAGCCUGCAGCGGCAGAGGCCGGCGUGACGUUGCACCAGCCCGAGGCGCGCCGUGCGUUCUCCCAGGGAAGCCGUCCCUGGAUCCCGGGACCCCGGCAGUGACGGGCUGCACAGGCUCCCCGGAAGGGGGACGUGGACAGUGACCUGCACUCGCACAUAGGCCUUGCGGCGGCGGCAGCAGCUCCAGCGUCCCACGCCCAUCUCUGGGGUCCGCGCUUUCAGCCGCGGCUCGCGCCCAUCUCUGGAGCUCCUCCAAGCAGCGCUCUUAAUCCCCUCUCCUCGCGCACCAGGAAACAGAGAGAAGAAAAAGUCUCUUGCCUCUUCGGCAGGUCCAAACUUUUUCCCGGACUCCCUCCCGGCUAUCUAUGGCACAUUAGCCCCUUCAGGCUGUGUUCACGCCGCCAACCCCAGUCCUCUCCCUGUGCUCCGACUGAAGCCCGAGCCUCAGCUCCCAGCGCCGCCCGCCCCGGCGGGCGAGCAGACAAGCUUCUUGGGCUGGUGAGUGCCGGUUGGCACCGAUCCUCUGUGCGAGAAUCUCUCCGCUUUGCCCUACCCAGAUACAGCUUUCCCCAUCACUUUGCAUCUAUAUAUUGGUUUGUGCCUUACCACCAGUAGAUCAAGGAGAACGGUUAAAUACUUUAAGAUGAGAAACACUGAUGUUUGUUUGAGCUCUGAAGGGACUGAAGUGAUUUUAGCUACAUCAAGUGAUGAAAAACACCCACCUGAAAAUAUAAUUGAUGGAAAUCCAGAAACAUUUUGGACCACCACAGGAAUGUUUCCCCAAGAGUUCAUUAUUUGUUUUCACAAACAUGUAAGGAUUGAAAGGCUUUUAAUCCAGAGUUACUUUGUACGGACCCUGAGGAUUGAAAAGAGCACUUCUGAAGAGCCAGUUGAUUUUGAGCAGUGGAUUGAAAGAGAUCUGGUACAUACAGAGGGGCAGCUUCAAAAUGAAGAAAUUAUGGUACGUGAUGGCCACGCCACUUACUUGAGAUUCAUUAUUGUAUCAGCCUUUGAUCAUUUUGCAUCUGUGCAUCGUGUUUCUGCAGAGGGAACAGCAGUCUCAAAUCUUCCUUAAUAAUUAUAACAAAAUACUCUUGCACUAUUUUUUAACAAUAUAUUUAUUUAAACAUGAAGUUGUUAUUAUUAAAGGUAUUUGUAUCAGUC